UCAAUCAUGUACGUAUAAACAGAUCAUAAAUACAUGACUGAAUUUGGCAUUAAUUAAUCAAAUUAAUGAUUGUGUAAUGAUUUUAUGAUGCUAACAUUUUUUUUUUUCAUUUUCAAACAAAUGAUCAUAGUACAUGCAAGCAAUCAAGCAAGCAAAAAUGUUAGAUUUAUAUGGCUUGUUUUAUAUGUGAUCAGCAUCACCAUUUAUGGAUGAUGUGUGGAUCAUUUUUCAUUUUUUGCUUGUUGUGAAUAUAAUCAAAUAGAAUUAUAGUAUUUUUUACAAAAAUAAUGGCAACUUGGCCAUUAAAAGCCCAUUAUCUUCUUUGGUUUGGAUCGCUUAGUGGAAUACUGCCAUAUGUAUCGAUUUUUGCCCGUGAACAUUUACAAAUAUCAGCCGAUGCUGUCGGUAUUUUAUUCUUCAUUCUACCAUUCGUCGUUUCUAUUGUUAAACCAUUAGUAUGUUCGAUUGCCGAUCGCUAUGAAUGUUAUUCCCUUACAUUGAUUCUAUCACAAAUAUCAACUAUUUUGGGUUAUGGUUUACUAUUAACAUUACCAUGGUUAUUACGAUGGAUUUCAACGGAAAUUCUUUGGUGGUUUUUCUGUCUAUUAACAUUGAUUGCAAAUACGGCUAUGGGUGCAGCUAUUUCACUCACCGAUUGUCUGGUCAUCAAUGAAGUUGUCCAAUUACAACGUAAUAAUGGUGAUAAUCAUACCAGUUAUGGAAAUUAUCGAAUUUGGGGUACAAUCGGAUUUGGAAUUUUUGGAAUACUAUCCGGUAUAAUUAAUGAUCAUCCAGGUGAUCUACCAUAUCUAGUACCCGGUCUAAUUAUGUUUGUUAUCAUUGAAUCCUUGGAUCUUAUUACUAUAUGGAAAUUUUAUCAUCGACGUAUUGUUGAACCAGAUCUUAAUGCUGAAUCCGGAAAAACAUCGUCUUUUCCGAAUGAAUUGGAAUUUCAGACGGAAGAAAAAUCGUCUAAAAGUGGCAUAAUAAUGUCGGUUAUUGAAAUUUUCUGUCAAAUAGGCCAAUUAUUUCGUCAUUAUCCAACUUUGAUACAGCUUUCUUUGAUCGUAUUCUGUUUCGGCAUACUAACCGCGUUUCAUUGGUCAUUCUUUUUCUGGUAUCUGGAAGAUUUACGUGGUAAAGAUGCACUACUUAUGGGUCUUUGUAUUUUUGUCGAAAGUUUUCUUGGUGAAAUUCCUAUAUUCUAUAUUGCACAUCAUAUCAUCAAUCGUUUUGGUCCGAUUUGGUCAUUAUGUUUAGCAUUAGCUGCAUUUGCCUUACGUUAUCUUGCCUAUGGUUAUUGGCUUGAACAAAAUAAUGGCCUUUAUUGGGAUAUUUUAUUGGUGGAAAUAUUACAAGGUUUAACAUUUUCACUUUUCUAUUCUGUAAUGACACAUGUAGCUAAUUAUUAUGCGGAUAAAUGUGAAAAAGAUCAAAAACAACAACAUCGUCAAUCAAUCAAUGAUAAACAAAUCAAACCAAGUGCAACAAUGCAGGCAUUAAUGUCAGCAUGUUAUGAAGGUAUUGGCCUUGGCAUUGGAUCAUUGAUCGGUGGCUAUGUAACCAGACAUUAUGGUAUUCGAACCAUUUGGCGUCUUGGUGCCUUCAUCAGUAUCGGAUUGAUUGGUGUGAAUAUCCUAAUUGAAUUGAUCAAAUUCAAUAGGAAAAUGAAAUAAUUUUAAUGAUUAUUUUUUAAU